AAUUUGCUGAAGGGAUGAACACACACUAAUGUUCGCCGACGUCCCCGCCAUAUCCAUGGGUGGUGGGUUGCAUCCCUGUCAUUGCAUUUACAUUAGCAACACAGUAAUUGCAGUAUAAAACUAGCUCCAUCAAAACGAAUAUAAUCACAUUACUUUGCCGCAUUUUAAAUGGUUUCACAAAUUUGCAGAUACAAAAUAAUUUAAGGGUCAAUUUCAGAUGAAUGCCAAAUUGUUAAUGAAAUCAACUAUGAGUAUUACCCAAAAAACAAUUGUACAUCAAAACUGCCAUGAUUUGCACAAAAUGGACACAUAAAGCGUAUAUGAUCCAAUAAUCACAAAAAAAAAAAAAAAAUGACAGAAAUUACACAAGCAAAUAAUUAGGUUACAAAAUCCUAAAUUAUAAGAGAGAAAAUUAUCAUGGUGCCUCUAUUUUGAACUAUUGAAAGCACCAUAAUAGUUUAUUCAGCAAAAACAAAACUAUAUCUAAUUAAAAGGAGCAAUAACACUCGAUGAACAAAGAGAAAGCAGUGAAAAUACCCACAAUAUCCCCUUAACUUAAGCCAUUUACAACUUUACAAGACCAAACAUUGAUCAAUUGAUCCGUACCAUAUCUCACACAUAAAUUUCCCGGGAAAAUUGAAAUCUGUGAAACAUUCAAAUAUCACAUGGGUGUAAGUUCUGGUGCUUCAGCCAUCAAAAACUUCCUUCAAAUCAACCCCAUUGCUGAUAAACUCAAACCCACCAAGGCAAAAUCCACCAUUAACACCAUUCUCGCUCACCUCGAAGCCGGCCGCCUCAAGAAAGCCGUCUCUCUCCUCUUUUCUUCUCCUUUUCCCUUUGAUCUCCCGCUUUACGGCCACCUCUUUCAGCUCUGUUCUGCAAAUCGAGCCAUUGUUGAAGCUCGUAAAGUCGAGUCUCAUUUGAUCUCGUACUAUGAUCCACCUCCCACGUUUUUGCUUAACCGCGCGAUUGAGGCGUAUGGUAAUUGCCGGUGUGUGCAGGAUGCACGUGAACUGUUCGAUGAAAUGCCUCACAGAGAUGGUGGGAGUUGGAAUGCUUUGAUUACUGCGUAUGCGAAAGGGGGGUUUCCGCGUGAGGCGUUGGGGCUGUUUUUGGAUAUGAAUCGGUCUGGGGUUUCGCCGAGUGAGGUUACGUUUGCGAGUGUUCUUGGGUCUUGUGGGGUUUUGUUGGAAUUGGGUUUUGCUAGGGUUGUUCAUGGGUUUGUUGUGAAGUUGGGGUAUGGUGGGAAUGUGAUAUUAGCGAGUGCUUUGGUUGAUGUUUAUGGGAAGUGUGAUGAGAUUGUUGAUGCUCGGAGGAUGUUUGAUGAAAUUGAUAGACCGAAUGCAGUUUCGUGGAAUGUGAUUGUAAGGCGGUAUCUUGAAGUGGGUGAUGAGAGACAGUCGAUUUUAAUGUUUUUUCAGACGAUUCAAACAGGGGUAAGGCCAUUGACGUUUACCUAUUCAAGUGCUCUUGUUGCGUGUUCUACUAGGCAGGCGUUUUUAGAGGGAAUUCAGAUACAUGGUAUUGUAAUUAAGUAUAGACACGAAGAUGAUGAGAAAGUUGCUACUUCUCUGAUCGAUAUGUACGUGAAAUGCAAUGAUGUUGUGAGUGCCAGGAAGAUAUUUGAUCAGCCUAGUGUUAAGGAUUUACUUUCUUGGACUUCUAUGGUAUCAGGAUAUGCUAUGGCAGGAAGACUUAAAGAAGCCCAAGAGCUUUUUGAUAAGAUGCCUGAGCGAAGCAUCAUCUCUUGGAAUGCAAUAUUGGCAGGGUAUGUGCGCUUUGGCCAAUGGGAGGAGGCCCAAAGUUUUAUUUUCAAGAUGCGCCAGAACAUUAAUGAUGCUGAUGGUGUAACUCUGAAUCUAGUGUUGAAUGUGUCCACUGCACUCUCAGAUAUUGAGUGUGGUAGUCAAGCUCAUGCUUACAUUUAUCGACAUGGAUUUGAGUCUGUUAUAUAUGUGAACAAUGCACUCAUUGACAUGUAUGGAAAAUGUGGGGCCUUAGGAAGAGCUAGAAUUUGUUUUCAUAACAUGAGUGGUCAGAGGGACACAAUAUCGUGGAACUCCCUGAUGAACUCCUUGGCACAACAGCAGAUGAGCAUGGAUGUUAUUACUAUGUUCCGUGAGAUGCAGAAGGAAACAACUCCAAAUGAAUAUACAUUUUCAACCCUUCUUGCAGCAUGUGCUAACAUAUAUGCAAACAACCAAGGAAAACAAAUCCAUGGUUUUAUGAUCAGGAAUGGCUAUAAGAUAGAUGAUGUUAUUUUAAGUGCUUUGCUUGUGAUGUACUCAAAAUGUGGACAUCUUGAGUAUGCACUCAAGGUCUUAAAAAAUGCAAAACCGGGGGAUGCAACCCUCUGGAAUUCUAUGAUUAUUGGGUGUUGUCGUCAUGGUAAAGCAAGGGAGGCUCUUGACUUGUUUAAUUUGAUGAAAGAGAUUGGGGUUGAACCUGAUAAUGUUACCUUCCAGGCAGUUUUCAAUGCAUGUAUUUGUGAGGGAUUUGUUGAUGAGGGCAAGAGAUACUUUGAUACCAUGAUCAAUGAUUAUGGCAUCACGGUCAAAUUAGAGCAUUAUGAGUGCAUGAUUAAUCUAUACACCAGAUAUGGAGCGAUGAAGGAGCUUGUAAAGCUUUUAAAAAUGCCUUUUAAACCAACCAUGUCUAUGUUGACAAGGAUUUUUGAUGCUUGUAAAGUAUAUUCUAAUCCAAGAUUGGCAAUGUGGGUAGCUAAAAAGUUGAAUUAGCUGAACCAAAGCUAAGCCACCCAGUUCCGUACCAUAUUGAUCGCCAUCUUGAUCGCCACUUGAUCAAAUCCAGUCUGCCCACUUGAUCGCCAUCGUUCUCCAAAUUAAAAGAAGCAGGGCAUUGUAGCAGGAGUGAUUGAUCCUUUCAUGGCUCAUCACUUUGGCUGCACUUUGCUGUGUGGCAUGGACAAUUUCCUUGCCUGUGUUUUGACGUAUCUUUGAUCAAGCACAAUACAAUGCUCAAUAAGGGAAACUCAAGCUCUUGCAGAAUCUGCUAAUCGGUAAUUGGACGCAUUCUAUGAAGGAAAGUAGGCAAAAAUGUGAACUGGCAGGAACAACUUUUAUUUGCAGUCUUGAAGGUCUCUUUUCAGCUUCCUCAUCUUAACUUUUGAGAUCAUGCUGAGAUUUAAGUGUUCAUUUGCAUGAUUACGUAAUUCUUUAUUUAAGGUUAAAGAUAACUCAUCAUCGAUACAAUCAGCUAGCAUCAAGGAAUGGCUCUUACGGCUGACUCACUAGCUUAAAACUAUCAUAAUCCACAUCUGCAAUUUCGAGGCCAUGCUGAGACAUAAGCAAUGCAAACGCGUUAUCCCUAAGCAUGAUGCAUAGUCAGACGACUUAUUGCUUCUCAAAUCAAAACGCUACAACCCAAGGCACAUUUUGUUUACUGUUGAAUGAUUGGAUCAUAGGUCUAUAAUUAAGUUGGCUAUAUAUUUGUGUCGGAUCAUACUUCAGGAGGUGUAUAAACUAUUACACCACAAAUAAUUAAAAUCUACUUCGUCGAAUUUAACUAAUGCCUCAGUUAUAUUCUUGUUUCAACCAAUUGUAAAAUGUUUUACUUUGUACAUGGACAACACGGGUCGCACACCAUCAGAACAAAACCAAAUCAUCU